UUACUACUUUUAUCAAUGAAAUACAAAUCAAUCAACGAAAAUCUUAAAAUAAAAGUAAUUUCAUCACUGUAUCCAAAUGAUUUUUUCCGGCUCAAGAAUUCUAAUACGAAAACUGUUUGAAUCAACUAACCAAAUCCUAUUUCGAAAUAAAACUAACGUUCGUUAUUCAUCAAAUGCAUCAGAAGUUUUUAAAAACCACGGUGUAGUACCAGAAAUUAUACCAGUUGCCCCGAAAGAACUCUUAAAAGUAACCUUCCCUUCUGGAGCAACGGCAGAUGGAGGUAACGAUCUUACUCCCACUCAAGUCAAAGAUCCACCAAAAAUAAACUUUCAAACCCAAUCAAGUCACUUCAAUCUCCUUUGUUUAACUGAUCCGGAUUCUCCCAGUCGUGGAAGGCCAACAUAUCGUGAAUGGCAUCAUUGGUUGGUUGGAAAUAUUCCUGGUGAUGAUGUUAGUAAAGGAGAAAUACUAUCCGAUUAUAUAAGUCCUUGUCCACCCAGAACAUCCGGUAAACAUCGAUAUAUAUUUCUUGUUUAUAAGCAAGGUGGAAAACUUACUUUCGAUGAACCACGUUUGGGCAACAAACGCAGCAGUAAUCGUGAAUAUUUUAGUAUAAAGAAGUUUGCUGAAAAAUAUAAACUAGGCAAUCCGAUAGCUGGAAAUUUGUUUCUAGCCGAAUGGGAUGAAUAUGUUGAACAAAUUUAUGAAAACUUAUCCAAAUUGUGAAUAAAAUUAAUGUAUUAUGUAUUGAUAAAAUUUUCUAGGUUGAAAAGGAAAUAAAACAACUUUCUGUUAUAUUUUUAUAAAAACCAGUCAAAAA